CAAUAUACACACUAAUUUCUCAGGUUGAACAUUUUAUCAGCUCUGAAGAGGAGAAGAAUAAUGGUUUCAGUUGAUUUGAGCAGCUCACCCAACUGGGGGAAAUCUCUUAUUCCAGUUGAGAGUGUUGAAGAAUUGGCAAAAAGGCAUCUCACACAAGUUCCAGAGAGAUAUGUGAAAAGUGAUGAAGAGAGACCAGCAAUCUUUGAGUCUGCAACUGAUCUAUUUGACUCAGAGAAAAAUGAUGUUGUCAUUGAUAUGAGUAAGAUUGCACAAGAAGAACAUAGAGAAGAAGAGAUCAGAAAAAUGGCCAAGGCUUGUGAAGAAUGGGGAUUCUUUCAGGUUGUUAACCACGGUAUUCCUCAUUCACUGAUAGACACUCUGAAAAGGAUUGGGAAAGAGUUUUUCCAGCUGCCAUUGGAGAAGAAGCAGAGGUAUUCAUUGAGGCCAGGAGAUCUUCAGGGCUAUGGCCAGACCUUCGUUGUGUCUGAAAGUCAGAAGCUGGAUUGGGGUAAUGUGUUAGGAUUGGUCAUGUAUCCUACCGAGCUCAGAGAUUUGAACUAUUGGCCGACUGAACCUGCUGAUUUCAGGGAGAAUGUGAAUGCAUACAAUACUGAAGCUAAAAACCUUGCAGAGCAACUGUUGGCUUUGGUUGCUGAGUCAUUACAGCUGCAACCUGACUUCUUUGUCAAGAAAUUUGACAAUGCAUUCCAAAGAAUGAGGAUGAAUUACUAUCCUCCCUGUGUCAGUCCAGAUCUUGUUCUAGGACUUAGUGCACAUGCAGACAUGGUAGCUCUGACUCUACUGCUGCAGGAUGAUGAAGUACUGGGAUUGCAAAUUCACAAGGAUGACCAAUGGAGAUCUGUCAAACCAAUUCCUUAUGCCCUGGUCAUUAAUAUUGGAAACUUGAUAGAGGUUAUGACCAAUGGAAGAUACAAGAGCAUUGUACACAGAGCAGUAACGAACAAGGAGAAGGAAAGACUAUCGAUUGGAGUAUUUUAUGCUCCCAGAUUCACUGAAGAGAUCAGUCCUGCCCCUGAACUGAUUGAUGAUAAUCACCCCUGCUUGUUCAGGAAGUUUAUACACCAGGAUUACAUGCAGGACUAUUACGCUCGUGGAACAAAGGAAAAAAACUCAUUUUAUGAAUUUGCUGGAAUUAAAAAUUGAGCCUUUAUCAGAAAGAAAAAAGAUAUUAAAUGC